UAAAACACUAAAUUCUGAAGUAUACGAUAUGUUUAACAAAACACUAAAUUACAAAUAAUGUUUUAUACUGCAAAAAUUCAUAAUCUUUCAGUUGUUUUAGUUUAUUUUCAUUGUUUUUCAAUUUUAAAGUUUUUAAGUGUAGUUCAAAUAUACCGUCGUUUUUAUCUACUAUCAAUAGGUCUCUGUUCGUUCGAAACACGUGUUAGUGAGGUUAGAACUUUUCUGUUUUAAAAGCAAAACAAAAUAUGACCAAAUUACGAAAACAGCGAAGAAGAAAAGUGUAUCGUCACAACGUGAAUCGAAAAAGACUACGAAAUAAAAUAGAAAGCGUAGGAAAAAUUUCAUGCAAAGAGAUUAAAGAAGCUUGGGACAAGCGUAAAUCAGUUAAGACUAAUUUAGAAGAAAUGGGUCUUUCCUAUGACCCAAAUGCGACACUUAAAAUUCCUAGUAACAAACAGAAAGUGAAACUUUCAAUCACAUCUAACAAUGAUGAUUGGGAAGAGGAAGAAGUGGAAACAAAACCUACAAAAUCUCACGUAGUUGAGGCUUUGGAAGACGAUGCUAGAGCCCCAAGAGUUAAGUUGUUUCGACUUCCCAAAAGUCAAGUCGAAUGGGUUACCUACCUCAUGGAUAAAUACGGAAAAGAUUACAAAGCAAUGGCGAAAGACAGGAAAAAUUAUUACCAAGAGACUUGGAAGCAAAUUCGUGCGAAAAUAAAACGAUUUAAAGCAAUCCCAGAACAGUACGAAGUCUACUUGAAGGAAAGAAAUAAAACAAAGGGAGACAGCGAAAGCGAUGUCUCAGAUAAUGAACUUUAAUAAAUGUUUUCAUCCUAGUUAU